GUUCGGGCACUGCGAUUGCUUCAUCCAUUAUAGGUGCCCUAGAUUAAUCCAAAGUUUAUUCAAAAUUGUAUAUACAGACAAGAUGUCUAAACGCGCUUUGGUUCAAAGUGGCCUGUUUUGCAUUGAAAUUGCUAAUCAUUUUGCUCAGUAGGAACAACAGACUCAGGCAAAAGUAAGGCCAAGGAAAGCAAAGAUGAAAGCCAGAAACCAAUCAAGGAAUAUGAUAUCGAGAACCCAGCUUAAUAUACGAUAACGGCCAGAGAAAUCAAAGUAUAUCAACAGGUGAUCAAAGCAUGAACAAUUUGGUUAAUGUGUUCAAUUUUCAAUUCUAGCUGAUACGUUUUGAACAAAGUCGGCUAAGCCUUCAAUCAAAUGAUUAUUCGAGAGAUCAUAGAAUUGGCGAAAUCCAUCAUGAAAAACUUCUUGCGAGAACCACUCAUUCCAUUCCAGCUGAUUGUGCGGAUCUAUGCUUAGUCUAGCUCCUGGGUCUGUUCUUCUCUUGGUCUUCGAUUCUGUAUCUAAUUGCUCUGCGAUUGCACCCGAAACUGUUUCAUAUAAUGACUUGAAUCUCGCGUAUUUGGGAUAAUAGAUACAGGCUUCUUGCAUGAUCUUCAACAAUCUCCCAGAAAAGUUAUUUAUAUCCGUCGGAUUUGAUUCGAGUCUCCAGCAACAAUAAAUCAUGGUGAGUCCAAUUGCAAGAACGUCGUGUAAACAUGUGGGGGUCACUUUCCAGCCGCUCGCAAUUAAGGAGUUGUAACAUUCCACCCCUAGAAUACAUUUCUCUUUGCACAGUUGAAUCGCGGCUCCAUCCGGCAACGGAAAAGAAGGCGAAGGUCUAUUCAAAACAAUGGAGAAAACACAGUACCGUACUUUGAGCUCGUGGUAGCAUAUGAGAUUGUUUGGUACUUCUAUCUCCACUUGUUUCAUCCAGAUGUCCAGUCGAGCUUGCAGCUCGGAUCGAAUGGAUUGAAUCUCUUCAUCGUCAAGAGGAGGUUGACUUCCAGGGGUCCUAGAGAUGUAAACACUUUCCAACAUAUCUCCAGCAAUUUCUGAGAUUUUAAUAAGCAUGAUGCUUGGUAGCAAUUGCACUUCAUUAUAUGAAGUGCUCAAAUUAAUGAUGUGAUCGUCUUUGAGAAGUUUUGGCAAAGGGGUAUCAAUAGCUUUAGUUCUUAGAGAAAGCCCUCGUCCGAACUUCAUAGCAACCGUUCGAUCGGCUAUAUAUGAGCACCAAAAUAACCUGUUUCGUUGCUCGUCGCGCUCCUCGCCAAAACUCCAUGUGGGGUUAUAACGAUGAACCCCUAGCUCCAUGGCGAGGGACAUACAAAACCGACUCAGGUACCAAAGAUCUCCAUUAUCGUCUUCUAAAGCGUCUGCCUCUAGCUUCCAUAUGACUAGCAAGAGAAGAGCCUGGAGAGAUUUUUCAGACCGAUUUCCUAAUAUGUUCUCCAAAUAUCUAGAAGCAGUGUUGUAAUACUCAUUGGGGGUGAAGGGGUUUCGUAUCGCAUCAGCAUGUGUAAGUUUCUGUGACGCAAUUGCCAUGAUCAUGAAGAAAGUAUAUUUUUCAUAACGUGAUAUUUCCUGCGGGCGCUCAUAGAUAUUUGUCUGUAACAAGAGCAAUUGAGGUAUGUUAUGCACUGGAUAAUAGAUUUGUAGCGUGUCAAUAUAUUUCUGCAAUAAGAACUUGGACAUCUGUAAUGAAGGUAAGGCUGCACAAGACUGGGUGACUUCGAGGUCAAAAUUCUCGAAGUCGCUGGUAUUAGGUUUGUCCAGAUUAUUUUUCAGGUCCAACUGUUUUAGAAACAAACGAGCAAAGUUGAGGCCCGUUGCUGCUCCAAUGUAUUUUCCUGAAUUAAGGUUAUUUGUGACCACCAGGCUUCCAACUUCAUGAGCCACGUUUUCAAUCAGGCUGUCCUUCUUUGAUUGUUCAAGCUGUCUUAUAAUAGGUUCAACUGUCUUGUGACUAUACCCCACCUCUUCUGCGAUAUUGCAGUCAAGGUUGGCUUUUUCACAUCUUAGACACUUUGGGAAGCUUGUCGGACACUGGCAUUAGUCAACUGUCACUAAACUUACCUUCACCUUUUUUGCCUUGCAAUGUUUGCAAGGCCUUUCAAAAUCUGGUUUGGGGAGCGCGACCAUUGUGUUCGCCAAAUAAUGAUUAUUCUGAUUUUUUUGGCAUAAGUGAGGCUUACACAAACGCAGAAAUUUGCAUUUCGCGUGAUAAGAGAACUCGGGGAAGCCGAGCACCACGGCCCAGUAAAAGAUUUUUUUUUCUUGUUUGUUUGAGAACCCCAAUGCACACAAUCACAACAGUGGAAGCACACACUUGUGGGGAGCCUUUCCGGGUUGUCAUAGGAGGACUUCCCAGCCUGCCGGGCAAAACUCUUCUGGAGAAAAGGACGUGUCUAGAGCGGGAGCAUGACUAUAUAAGACUAUCGCUGAUGAGGGAGCCAAGAGGACAUUACGACAUGUUUGGAGGGUUUCUCCUAGAUCCAAUCGAAAAUGGUGAUGCUGCCGUCCUUUUUAUGAAUCCUAGUGGCUAUACAGACCAAUGUGGCCACGGAAUCAUUGCGAUUGUCACUCUCUUAAUCCAGCUACGCAAGUUGCCUGAUGACCAUUACAGACUAAAGCCAGAUUUGAUGUCAGUUAGACUCGAAACUACCGUCGGCAUACUCGAAACAGAGGCUUGUUGGACUGGCCAAAAGGUUGAGUAUGUAAGGUUCCGUAACACCCCUGUUUGGAUCCUUUACGAGAACUUGACAGUCAAUUCCUCCAUGGGCCCGAUUACAGGAGACAUCGUUUUUAAUGGGGCAUUUAACUUUUUUGCAGAGCUUGAUCCAAUUGUUCUUGAAGUGAAACCUGAGAAUUCAAGUCGCAUUAUCGAACUGGGCGGUGAGAUUAAGGAGAAAAUACAAAAAAUCGGGUUGGACAUCUCCAGCAAGGAGUUCCCUCAGAUUAAAGGCCUACACGGAGUUGAUUUCGUUAAUGUAAUACAAAAGAAUCCGACAGAUGAAACAAAACCCGACCAGAUAUCUGUUUUGGUGCUAGGCCACAAGCAAAUAGACAGAUCUCCUUGCGGCUCAGGAACAGCUGGAAGAACAGGUUUGCUAUACUUGAAGGGUCGGAUUUCACGCGACCACAUUUUCGUGAACGAGUCCAUCAUUGGUUCUACCUUCAAAGCCAAGAUUGUGAAUACUGAUGUUAGGGCAAAUUGUGACACCAAAAGAGCCUGUGUUGUUGAAAUUCAAGGUCAAGCACAUUUGCUUGGAAAAUCAGAAUGGUGGCUUGAUCCUGAUGACGAGAUCGGAUAUAGAGGAGAGACUCUAAUUAUGGCUGAAAAGGAUGUUCACACCGAGUCCAUUCUGGAAAAUAACGACAGUUAUGACAACUCUCCAGAGAUGCUUGCUGAGGAGCUGAAGCUCAACAAACGUGUGGUGACCAAGAUUGAUCUUAUUGUGCUACCAUUUCUUGUUUGCACGGUGUUCUUACAGCUUCUAGACAAGAAUUCUCUUUCUUAUGCUGCGAUCUAUGGUCUGAAAACUGAUAACAACUUGAAAGGACAAGAAUACAGUUGGCUAGCAACAAUAUUCUACCUAGGGUAUCUGUUUGCGGAAAUACCAGUGUUUUUCUUGCUACCCAGGAUCCAUAACUUAGGCCGUUUCAUGUGUAUAGUCAUGAUGAUUUGGGGAGCACUGCUAAUGUGUAUGUCUGCAUGCCAUAACUUUGCAGGUCUAGCGAUUAUCCGUUUGUUUCUGGGGAUUCUUGAGGCCGCAAUCCAGCCUUCUUGCAUUGUGAUUUCAACUACUUGGUAUACAAAGAAGGAACAGCCUAUUAGAAUGGCUUUGUGGUCCAACACGUUUGCCGGUGUGUUCAACGGUAUCUUCGGUUAUGGAAUAGGUCACUGGGGAGGCCCGCUGGCGAUCUGGCAAUACAUUUUUCUAGUUUAUGGUGCCGUCACUGUCGUCUUUGGGGCCUGCUAUUACUUUAUUCUCCCUUCCAAGAUUGAAACUGCAUGGUUUCUUUCAAAGAGAGAACGCCAAUGCGCAAUUGCCCGGACAGCAACCAAUCAAACCGGUAUUCAUCUGAAUCUGGGAGAAAUCAAGUGGUCGCAGAUUUUGGAAUCUGUUCGGGACCCUAAGUACUGGCUACUGGUGGUGUUCAUCAUUGUGCAGAACUUUAUCAAUGCCGGAAUUACCAAUUUCAACACCUUUAUCAUCAAAGGAUUUGGGUAUUCAAACUACAAAACCAUGCUUCUUGCCACGCCUCAAGCAGCCGUGGCCAUGGGAGCCUGUCUUACAGUGGCAUUUAUUUGUUACUUUGUGAAGAAUAUCAGAACCAUUCUUAUUUGCAUAACAACGGGCGUCACGAUGGCUGGCAUCAUUAUGGUCUGGAAAGUCUCUCCAGAAGAGCACAGAAAGACUUGCCUUGCGGCAGUGUAUAUUUGUGGUUUCUACAAUGCUCCAUAUGUGCUGACAUUGUCGCUUAUCGCAUCGAAUAAUAGCGGCAGCUCCAAGAAAUCUUUCAACUCUAUCAGUGUGGGUCUGUUCUAUGCUCUCGGAAAUCUUAUAGGUCCCCAGUUCUUUAUUGAUUCUGAGUCUCCAACAUAUCAUACAGGAAUCAAAGCUAUGUUGGCUGCAUGUGUGAUCAUGUUUUUCUGCGUGAGAGAGACCGAAACCAUGAAUCGGAGAGCGGCGUUCCGCUAACCAUUGAAGAGCUAAUUCGAGUGGGGGAAGAAGUUGAUGAACACGAUCUAACAGACGUGCAAAAUAAACAUUUCCGUUAUAGCUUUUAGUUAUGCGUACAAUACUUCGAAUAUACGCGAUCUAGUUCGAGAAGAAAGCUUUCUUUGAACUCGACGUCAGGCGUCCAAGCCAUUCUUAUAGCAUUUUUUUCAAAUUCGUAGAUAUCCUUGAAUGUGAAAUGGCACCCUUCCGCAACACCUAAUAUUGUUCCCGUCUUGGAGUAAACAAGAUAUGCGGGGUCAUCACUAUUCAACGUGAUCGGAAUUCCAUAGCGAUGUAGCCUGGUAACUUUCGGGAAUACAUUUUGAGGUCCCAAAUGUUUUUGGUAGCCCAUAGGACAUAGUGUGAGUCCUAUAUUGGCUUUUUUCACGAGCUCCAACAAUUCGGGCUUGUCAGCAGCAUUCAAUCCAUGGUCUAUUCUAUCUGCGCCACUCUCAAGUUGGGGAAGUAAAUAAUGCUCCGGGUUGUCAAUUUCAUGAGUAGCUGGCUUGCCUCUUUUCCCUCCCAGCUUAGUAACUGCGUACUCUAUAUGAUCAUGUGAAUUUUUCUGACCAACGUCGCAAUGAGCAGUAAUCUUCCACUCAUAUUUACGUGCCAUCAAGAACGUUUCCUGAAAUUUACUUGGCGGAUUGUUGUACUCAUCGGAAUCCAGACCCAGUGCUAUGAUUUUGUCUUUGUAAGGUUCUGCUUGGCGGAUCGUCUCAAGAGCACUUUCUGCUGACAUGUCUCUCAGAAUGCACAUUAUCCAAUGAAUCUGGACACCGUACAUUGGAGCCAUUUUUUGAGCUUUCAGAAGACCACUCAUCACGGUGUCAAAACUAACUCCCCGGGAAGUAUGAGCCUGGGGGUCAAAAAAUGCUUCUAAAUAUCUGAUAUUCUGAGACUGGGCAACUUUGAUGUAGUCCAAAGCCAAAUGGUAGAAAUCGUCCUCUGUAAGCAGCACAUUCAUGGAGGCAUAGUACACCUCCAAAAACUCCUGCAAGUAUCUGGUGGCAUCUUGACCCUCCUCAUAGAGAUAUUCGGUUAAGUAUUGACUUUUAAGCUCUUCUAAAGACUUCACCCCAGGAAUGGCAAUUCCAUUUGCUUGCGCACAUAACCAGCGCCGUUCAGCCGUUAGCGUGCCCUCUAUAUGAAGGUGCAGCUCGCAUUUGGGCAGCUCGUUCACAAAAGUUUUGAUAUCCAUUGAUUGAAGAUAUU